AAAUUGAAAGGUCUGUCAAGACUUUAAACGAUCAGACACACAACAAGAAUGGAUAAGUUUCAGACUGGAAGAGGAGAAACAAUGCUCAAAGCAAAAAUAUUUUUUGUAUUUGGACUUGUUCUUGUUUUUAACUGUGCUGUGUUCGCGUAUCCUCCUCCACAUGUUUGUACAUGUCCAACGACGGCGCAGACGACAACAACACAGGCGCCUACAAAUGGCACUACAACUACAGCGCCCCCUGCCGUCUUGGAUGUUCGGCUUCCCACGGCUCUCAACCCGUUGUUAUAUACAGUUGAACUCCAGCCCAACAUGUACUCUAUGAACCCGGACGAGUUUACUUUCAAUGGGUCGGUCAGGAUACGGCUUCAUUGUGUAGAAAGUACCAACAACAUAACUCUUCAUAUAAAACGACUUAAUUUAACUGGACCAAUAUCAGUGACUAACCAGAUCAACCCUGCAGAUCUGUUCCACAGAUAUGAGUUCGACACUGCACGAGAAUUCAUUAUUAUCUACACGACAACACAGCUUAUUGCUGGACAAAUCUACAUUGUUGAUAUAACAAGCUUUGUAGGUCCGUUGGUACCAGAUUUAGCGGGGUUAUACCUUAGUUCAUACACCAGAGGAAAUGAGACAAUUUAUAUUACCACGAGUCAGAUGCAAGCGACAGACGCUAGAAAGACGUUCCCGUGCCUGGAUGAGCCGGCCAUCAAAGCAGAGUUCGAAGUCACUUUGGUACGAAAGAGUCACAUGCUGUCAAUAUCAAAUAUGCCGAUAACAAGUUCCGUCAAUAGAGGUGAUGGUUGGAUUGCAGACAAAUUUGAGAGAACACCAAAAAUGUCAACAUACUUACUGGCCUUUAUAAUCUGUGAUUUUCAGUACGUUCAAGCCACAACAACAAACGGUGUUAGGUACCGUGCCUGGUCCAGACCGGAAGCCAUUUCCCAGACACCAUACUCUCUUGAUACUGGUGUGAAGAUUCUAACUUUCUUUGAGGACUAUUUCAAUAUUUCUUACCCGCUUCCAAAACAAGAUAUGAUUGCAAUUCCGGAUUUUGCAGCGGGUGCUAUGGAAAACUGGGGGUUAAUAACUUACCGGGAAACAGCCAUGUUGUACGAGCCCGGUGUGUCAUCUGAGGGUAACAAACAACGUGUUGCUGUGGUCGUGUCGCACGAACUUGCUCACCAGUGGUUUGGAAACCUGGUGACACCCUCAUGGUGGGACGAUUUAUGGUUAAAUGAAGGAUUUGCCAGCUAUGUGGAGUAUAUGGGAGUAGACCACGUGCAUCCAGACUGGAAAAUGUUUGAGCAGUUUGUUGUCGAGGAUGUACAGGGUGUGUUCAACAUUGACGGGCUGAUUUCCUCCCAUCCGGUGUAUGUACCAGUGGCACAUCCUGACGAGAUCAGUGAAAUUUUUGACAGGAUUUCAUAUGCAAAAGGAGCAUCAAUUAUACGGAUGAUGAGAUUUUUCCUUGGCAACGACACAUUCCGACACGGACUAACGAGGUACCUAAAAAGUUUAAGCUACGGUUCCGCGUUUCAUGACGAUUUGUGGUAUGCUCUUGGUAACCAAUCUAUAGCUGAAAACAACCCAAUCACUAACGUGAAGGAAAUUAUGGACACAUGGACCCUACAGAUGAACUACCCAGUGGUCACAGUCACUCAGAAUAGAGCCGGGCAAAUCACGAUCAGUCAACAUAGAUAUCUACAAGAUCCAAAUGCAACGGACCCUGGGAAGUUUAUAUCACCUUUUGGGUACAGGUGGCACAUUCCGUUUGCCUAUGCAACAACUACCCACAAAAGGUUUAACGUCAAUUCGGAUGACGUCAUAAUGAUGGCGAAAGAGGAAGUCACGAAAGUUAUAACGAACACUUGUAUACCAGCUCCAACAGGCAACAACUGGGUGCUCGGAAAUCCCAUGCAGUAUGGAUAUUACCGCGUAAACUAUGAGGACAGAAACUGGAUUUCUUUAAUAAACCAGCUGAAAUCAGACCAUACAGUGAUUCAUGCUAUAAAUAGAGCUCAGAUCAUCAACGACGCUUGGAGUCUUGCGAGGUCAGGUGACCUGAACAUGUCUAUAGCUGUGAGAACAACUGAUUACCUCAAUAAGGAGAGAGAAUGGGUACCUUGGUCCGCAGCCCGAAGUCAGUUAAUUUUCGUUGGUUCCAUGUUAGCGAACGAUCCACUGUACGGGUCGUUCGAGAAAUUUAUGCAAAACAAAACUAAAUCGGCAUUUGAACAAUUAACAAUGGACAAUACAGGGGCGACGCAUUUAGAAUCAUACCUACGGAGUCUUAUUGUCAAUCUGGCCUGUGACUAUGGAAUUCAAGCGUGCGUGGAUGGAGCAAAACAUUUGUAUUCCCAGUGGAUGCUUGAUCCCAACAAUAACCCAAUUGACCCUGGAAUAAAGCCAACAGUAUAUUGCGUUGGUGUGGCUGAGGGUGGUAUUGACGAAUGGGAGUUUGCCUUGAACCAGUAUCGGACUUCCAACCUGGCUGCAGAAAAGUCGAGGCUCUUGACUGCCCUAUCAUGCUCCAAGAAAACCUGGAUUCUGAGUGGUUACUUGAAAAUGGCGAUAGAUUCCAACGAGAUCAGGCGACAAGAUGCUGUAUCGGUAAUUGUAUACGUAUCAAGAAACAUCAUUGGUCGAUCACUUGCCUGGAAGUUCUUCCAACAGAACUGGGAUUUCCUGCUACAAGAAUUUGGAAAGGGAUCGUUUUCAUUUUCCUCUCUGAUAAGCGGAAUUACAUCAUCGUUCAAUACACAGUUCGAUUAUGACCAGUUGAAAGCGUUUGUGGACAGUAAACCCGACCUAGGUUCCGGCGCACGUGCUUUUGCUCAAGCGCUUGAGAAGACAAAAAGUAAUAUCGACUGGAUGACUGCAAACCUCGGAGUGAUCAGGAGCUGGCUACGUGGUCAAGGACACUGAGAAGCAACGCAACAUAAUGUCAAAGAGACAAGAAAAGACAACCCUGAUUAGAGAAGAAUUAUCAAUGGACCCUGAGCGUCAUUUAAUUACAAUUUUGACACGAAAUAAACAUUUUGCAACAAGA